AUGUCCAAGAUUCCUGAAAUCACAGGAGUCAGUCCUGUCCACAACGGCCAGGUCUGCAGUACGUGGGGUAACUUCCACUUCAAGACCUUCGAUGGAGAUGUUUUCCAGCUGCCGUCCACCUGUAACCACAUCUUCACGUCUACGUGCAAGGGCAGCUACACGGACUUCAACAUCCAGGUCAGGAGGCAGGAGGUCAACGGCUUCCCCACCAUCAGCAGCAUCGUCAUGAAGCUGGAGGGAACCGUGGUGGAGCUCUCCAAGGGCUCAGUGCUCGUCAAUGGCGAGACGGCCGUCCUGCCUUUCAGCCAAUCAGGAGUCCUGAUUGAGCAGACUCCCACCCACAUCAGAGUCAAUGCAAAGCUGGGAUUGGUUGCUGUCUGGAACGAGGAGGAUUCAUUUCUGGUGGAGCUCGACGUGAAAUUCAAGAAUCAGACCUGCGGUCUUUGUGGAGAUUUCAACGGAGUCCAGCAAUACAACGAGUUCUACAGCCACGGUGCAAAGAUAUCCCCCGCGGAUUAUGGUAACUUCUGGAAGAUGGAUGGUCCAACUGAGAGCUGCUCUGACUACACUUUGGCCUCCACAGAAAGUUGCAACGACAUGAAACACCUGUGUGAGCAGAUUCUUACAGGACGGGCCUUCAACAGCUGCCAGGGUCUGCUGGACGUUCCCUCCUUCACCUCAGCCUGUGUGGCGGACCUCUGCCACUGCGGCAACAGCUCCGGUCACAACGUCGACCCCUUCUGCCUCUGCAACACCAUCGCUGAGUUCUCCAGGCAGUGCGUCCAUGCCGGCGGAAAGCCCCAGAACUGGAGAACCAAAGAUCUUUGCUGGAGGACGUGUCCCCACAACAUGGAGUACCAGGAGUGUGGAAGCCCCUGCGCUGACACCUGCUCCAACCCGGAGGCCAGCCAGACCUGCAGCGACCACUGCACCGACGGCUGCUUCUGCCCUGCAGGCAUGCUGAUGGACGAUGUGGGCAAAACGGGCUGCGUCCCUGUGAGCAAGUGCUCCUGCAGCUACAACAGCAAGAUCUACAAGCCUGGAGAGUCCUACACCAGCGCCUGCAAAAAAUGUGUGUGUGAGGGCGGCCAGUGGAACUGCAGGGAGGAGAGCUGUCCAGUUACCUGCUCUGUGGAGGGCGGAGCCCACAUCAACACCUUUGAUGGUAAAGUCUACACCUUCCAUGGAGACUGCUCCUACGUCCUGGCCAAGGACUGCAGCGGAGGCCAGUUUGUGGUGCAGGGAGAGCUGGUGCAGUGUGGACUGACUGACAGCGAAACCUGCCUCAACUCCGUCACCCUGGGCCUCUCCGGAGGGGCAACUGUGAUCAGCAUCCAGCCCAGCGGCAAGGUUUUUGUGAAUGGCAUCUACGCCCAGUUACCUUUCUCUGCAGCUGGAAUCUCCACCUUCAGAGCCUCCUCCUUCUACCUGGUGGUCCAGACCUCCGUCGGUCUGCUGCUGGAGGUUCAGCUCCAGCCGGUCAUGCAGCUCUACAUCACAGUCAGCAGCGACUACAAGGCCAAGACCUGCGGUCUGUGUGGAAACUUCAACUUGAACCAGGCCGACGAUUUUCUGAAGCUCAGCGGCGUCCCAGACGCCACGGCCGCCGGCUUCGCCAACAGCUGGAAGACUCGCGCUGCCUGCCCAGAUGUCAAAAGCAGCUUUGAGAACCCCUGCAGUCUGAGUCUGGAGAACGAGAAGUACGCUCAGCACUGGUGUUCCCUGCUCAGCGAUCCUCAGGGAGUUUUUGCUUCCUGCCACUCGGAGAUCAGCCCCGACACUUACAAAGAUCACUGCAUGUACGACAGCUGUAACUGUGAGCACAGUGAGGCCUGCAUGUGUGCUGCCAUCUCCUCGUACGUCCACGCCUGCUCGGCUGCAGGGGUGCAGCUCAGCGGCUGGAGGCAGACAGUCUGUGGCAAGUACUCCAGCUCGUGCCCCAGCAGCAUGGUCUACUCAUACAACAUCACGUCCAGCAGCCGGACCUGCCGCUGCCUCAGCAACGCAGAUCCCAGCUGCCACCUCUCCUUCCCGCCAGUGGACGGCUGUAUCUGCGCAGAGGGGAUGUACCUGGACGAUUCUGGAAAGUGUGUGUCCCCUACCAGCUGCCCGUGUUACGACAAGGGUCUGGUCGUGCCAUCUGGCUCGGUCGUGAACAAGGACGGGAUCAUGUGCACCUGUAAGGAAGGAACACUCAUGUGCAUCGGAGACUCUGACAAACAGCCAGUCUGUGCUGCUCCCAUGGUGUUCUUCAACUGCUCUGCUGCUGGCCCGGCUGCUAAAGGGUCCGAGUGUCAGAAGAGCUGCAACACACUCGACAUGGCCUGUAUGAGCGCAGAGUGUAUUUCUGGCUGCAUGUGUCCGUCUGGGAUGGUGUCCGACAGCAAAGGAGGCUGCAUCAAACCAGAAGUCUGUCCCUGUGUGCACAACAGCGCCCUCCACCAGCCUGGACAAACCAUCAAAGUGGACUGCAACACCUGCACUUGUAAAGACAGGAAGUGGCAGUGCACGACCAACCAGUGCCAUGGAACCUGCUCUGUCUACGGCGAUGGACACUACAUCACUUUUGACGGGAAGCGUUACACCUUUGAUGGCAGCUGUGAAUACACUCUUGCUCAGGACUACUGUGGCAAAGGCCAAGGCAAUGGCAGCUUCAGAGUUAUCACCGAGAACGUUCCCUGCGGAACCACAGGAACCACAUGCUCUAAGACCAUCAAGAUCUUCUUGGGGCGUGCAGAACUGAUUCUAACAGAGGGGAGCUACCAGGCAAUUUCAAGUGGGCUGGAAGAAACUGUGCCAUAUCGUAUUAGUACCAUGGGCAUCUACCUGGUUAUUGAAGCAAACAAUGGACUCAUCAUCAUGUGGGACAAGAGGACCAGCAUAUUCAUCAAGCUCAGUCCAAAAUAUAAGGGCCAUUUGUGUGGGCUGUGUGGCAACUAUGAUGGCAAUGCAAAUAAUGACUUCACUACAAGGAGCAAUGCUGUGGUGGUCAACCCCUUGGUAUUUGGCAACAGCUGGAAGGACUCUCCCAGCUGCCCAGAUGCUCAGAUCAACCGCAACCCCUGCACUGCUAACCCAUACAGACAGUCCUGGUCCCAAAAGCAAUGCAGCAUCAUACAGAGCCAAGUCUUCUCAGCUUGCCAUGCUGUGGUGGACCCCACUCCUUACUAUGAUGCCUGUGUGUUUGACUCAUGUGCUUGUGACACUGGUGGAGACUGUGAAUGUUUCUGCACAGCUGUGGCUGCUUAUGCUGAAUCCUGUAAUGAAGCUGGAGUCUGUACAUCAUGGAGAACCCCAAAGAUCUGCCCUCUCUUCUGUGACUAUUACAAUCCCCCUGGUGAAUGUGAGUGGCACUACAAGCCAUGUGGAUCUCCUUGCAUGAAAACCUGCAGGAACCCAUCAGGGAGCUGCUCUACACAGAUCCCACCACUGGAAGGAUGCUAUCCAAAAUGUCCGCCUGCUCAGCCAUACUUUGAUGAGGACACCAUGAAGUGUGUUCCACAUGACCAGUGUGGCUGCUAUGACAAAGAAGGAAAACACUAUAAUAAUGGGGACAAAGUACCAACAACAGAAAAUUGUUAUACCUGCACAUGCAAUUCCCUGGCCAUUGAAUGCCAUUAUGAUGCCCAAGCUUGUACUUGCACAUAUAAUAACAAGAAAUAUCAACCUGGCGUUACCAUCUACAACACAACAGAUGGGCUUGGUAAUUGCAUUACAGCAGAGUGCGGGAAUAAUGGUACCAUUAUCAGGAGAGCAUACCCAUGCCCGAACCAGUCUCGUGUAGCCCUUGCCAAUGGUCACAAUGGUUUGACACCAGCUUCCCCACACUUGGAACUCCUGGAGGAGACUCUGAAACUUAUGACAAGAUUAGACAAGCAGGAUACAAGAUAUGUGAUAAUCCAAGUCAGAUCCAGUGCAGAGCUGAGAAGUUCCCCAAUUACAAAAUCAACAACACCACUGACAUCUACAACAACUACACCAACAACAACAUCAACUGCUACCACCAUGCUUUCUACAACAACAACACCACCGCCUACAACCACAUCUGUUACCACAACUCCACCUGAAACCCCAACAACAUCACCACCCUCUACAACAACCACAGCAACAACUACACCACCAACAACAUCAACUGCUACCACCACAACACCAAUAUCAAGCACAUCCCAUCCACCUUCAACAACUCCCGGCCCAUCUACAACAACUGUCCCAUGCCCUUGGGAAAUGACAUGUGAAUGGUCAGAAUGGAUCAAUCUUGGCAGUGCCACAUCUGGUCCUGAUGGUGGAGACAAUGAGUCCAUUCAGAACAUCAUUUCUAAAGGUUAUCACAUCUGUUCAGCUCCAGAAGAGGUCCAGUGUAGAGCUGUUAAGUACCCAGGACUUUCCAUCUCACAGUUGGGACAAGCUGUAACUUGCAAUAAAGAGGUUGGCCUUGUAUGUUACAACAAACAGCAAGGGCUCCAGCAGCAGUGUUUUGAUUAUGAGAUCAGAGUCAGGUGUUGCAAGUGUAUUCCUCACACCACAACAACAUCACCUCCUUCUACAACAACAACACCACCGUCUACAACCACAUCUGUUACCACAACUCCACCUGAAACCCCAACGUCACCACACUCUACAACAACAACCACAACAACAACUACACCACCAACAACAUCAACUGCUACCACCACAACGCCUUCUACAACACCAACACCACCGUCUACAACCACAUCUGUUACCACAACUCCACCUGAAACCCCCACAACGUCACCACACUCUACAACAACAACCACAACAACAACUACACCACCAACAACAUCAACUGCUACCACUACAACGCCAAUAUCAAGCACAUCCCGUCCACCUUCAACAACUCCCGGCCCAUCUACAACAACUGUCCCAUGCCCUUGGGAAAUGACAUGUGAAUGGUCAGAAUGGAUCAAUCUUGGGAGUGCCACAUCUGGUCCUGAUGGUGGAGACAAUGAGUCCAUUCAGAACAUCAUUUCUAAAGGUUAUCACAUCUGUUCAGCUCCAGAAGAGGUCCAGUGUAGAGCUGUUAAGUACCCAGGACUUUCCAUCUCACAGUUGGGACAAGCUGUAACUUGCAAUAAAGAGGUUGGCCUUGUAUGUUACAACAAACAGCAAGGGCUCCAGCAGCAGUGUUUUGAUUAUGAGAUCAGAGUCAGGUGUUGCAAGUGUAUUCCUCACACCACAACAACCUCACCUCCUUCUACAACAACAACACCACCGUCUACAACCACAUCUGUUACCACAACUCCACCUGAAACCCCAACAACGUCACCACACUCUACAACAACAACCACAACAACAACUACACCACCAACAACAUCAACUGCUACCACCACAACGCCAAUAUCAAGCACAUCCCGUCCACCUUCAACAACUCCUGGCCCAUCUACAACAACUGUCCCAUGCCCUUGGGAAAUGACAUGUGAAUGGUCAGAAUGGAUCAAUCUUGGGAGUGCCACAUCUGGUCCUGAUGGUGGAGACAAUGAGUCCAUUCAGAACAUCAUUUCUAAAGGUUAUCACAUCUGUUCAGCUCCAGAAGAGGUCCAGUGUAGAGCUGCUAAGUACCCAGGACUUUCCAUCUCACAGUUGGGACAAGCUGUAACUUGCAAUAAAGAGGUUGGCCUUGUAUGUUACAACAAACAGCAAGGGCUCCAGCAGCAGUGUUUUGAUUAUGAGAUCAGAGUCAGGUGUUGCAAGUGUAUUCCUCACACCACAACAACCUCACCUCCUUCUACAACAACACCACCGUCUACAACCACAUCUGUUACGACAACUCCACCUGAAACCCCAACGUCACCACACUCUACAACAACAACCACAACAACAACUACACCACCAACAACAUCAACUGCUACCACCACAACGCCUUCUACAACACCAACACCACCGUCUACAACCACAUCUGUUACCACAACUCCACCUGAAACCCCAACAACGUCACCACACUCUACAACAACAACCACAACAACAACUACACCACCAACAACAUCAACUGCUACCACCACAACGCCAAUAUCAAGCACAUCCCGUCCACCUUCAACAACUCCCGGCCCAUCUACAACAACUGUCCCAUGCCCUUGGGAAAUGACAUGUGAAUGGUCAGAAUGGAUCAAUCUUGGCAGUGCCACAUCUGGUCCUGAUGGUGGAGACAAUGAGUCCAUUCAGAACAUCAUUUCUAAAGGUUAUCACAUCUGCUCAGCUCCAGAAGAGGUCCAGUGUAGAGCAGUUAAAUACCCAGGACUUUCCAUCUCACAGUUGGGACAAGCUGUAACUUGCAAUAAAGAGGUUGGCCUUGUAUGUUACAACAAACAGCAAGGGCUCCAGCAGCAGUGUUUUGAUUAUGAGAUCAGAGUCAGGUGUUGCAAGUGUAUUCCCCACACCACAACAACCUCACCUCCUUCUACAACAACAACAACACCAUCUACAACCACAUCUGUUACCACAACUCCACCUGAAACCCCAACAACGUCACCACCCUCUACAACAACAACCACAACAACAACUACACCACCAACAACAUCAACUGCUACCACCACAACGCCUUCUACAACACCAACACCACCAUCUACAACCACAUCUGUUACCACAACUCCACCUGAAACCCCAACAACGUCACCACCCUCUACAACAACAACCACAACAACAACUACACCACCAACAACAUCAACUGCUACCACCACAACGCCAAUAUCAAGCACAUCCCGUCCACCUUCAACAACUCCUGGCCCAUCUACAACAACUGUCCCAUGCCCUUGGGAAAUGACAUGUGAAUGGUCAGAAUGGAUCAAUCUUGGGAGUGCCACAUCUGGUCCUGAUGGUGGAGAUAAUGAGUCCAUUCAGAACAUCAUUUCUAAAGGUUAUCACAUCUGUUCAGCUCCAGAAGAGGUCCAGUGUAGAGCUGUUAAGUACCCAGGACUUUCCAUCACACAGUUGGGACAAGCUGUAACUUGCAAUAAAGAGGUUGGCCUUGUAUGUUACAACAAACAGCAAGGGCUCCAGCAGCAGUGUUUUGAUUAUGAGAUCAGAGUCAGGUGCUGCAAGUGUAUUCCUCACACCACAACAACCUCACCUCCUUCUACAACAACACCACCGUCUACAACCACAUCUGUUACGACAACUCCACCUGAAACCCCAACGUCACCACACUCUACAACAACAACCACAACAACUACACCACCAACAACAUCAACUGCUACCACCACAACGCCUUCUACAACACCAACACCACCGUCUACAACCACAUCUGUUACCACAACUCCACCUGAAACCCCAACAACGUCACCACACUCUACAACAACAACCACAACAACAACUACACCACCAACAACAUCAACUGCUACCACCACAACGCCAAUAUCAAGCACAUCCCGUCCACCUUCAACAACUCCCGGCCCAUCUACAACAACUGUCCCAUGCCCUUGGGAAAUGACAUGUGAAUGGUCAGAAUGGAUCAAUCUUGGCAGUGCCACAUCUGGUCCUGAUGGUGGAGACAAUGAGUCCAUUCAGAACAUCAUUUCUAAAGGUUAUCACAUCUGUUCAGCUCCAGAAGAGGUCCAGUGUAGAGCUGUUAAGUACCCAGGACUUUCCAUCUCACAGUUGGGACAAGCUGUAACUUGCAAUAAAGAGGUUGGCCUUGUAUGUUACAACAAACAGCAAGGGCUCCAGCAGCAGUGUUUUGAUUAUGAGAUCAGAGUCAGGUGUUGCAAGUGUAUUCCUCACACCACAACAACCUCACCUCCUUCUACAACAACACCACCGUCUACAACCACAUCUGUUACGACAACUCCACCUGAAACCCCAACGUCACCACACUCUACAACAACAACCACAACAACUACACCACCAACAACAUCAACUGCUACCACCACAACACCUUCUACAACACCAACACCACCGUCUACAACCACAUCUGUUACCACAACUCCACCUGAAACCCCAACAACGUCACCACACUCUACAACAACAACCACAACAACAACUACACCACCAACAACAUCAACUGCUACCACCACAACGCCAACCACAACAACCUCACCUCCUUCUACAACAACAACACCACCGUCUACAACCACAUCUGUUACCACAACUCCACCUGAAACCCCAACAACGUCACCACCCUCUACAACAACAACCACAACAACAACUACACCACCAACAACAUCAACUGCUACCACCACAACGCCAAUAUCAAGCACAUCCCGUCCACCUUCAACAACUCCCGGCCCAUCUACAACAACUGUCCCAUGCCCUUGGGAAAUGACAUGUGAAUGGUCAGAAUGGAUCAAUCUUGGCAGUGCCACAUCUGGUCCUGAUGGUGGAGACAAUGAGUCCAUUCAGAACAUCAUUUCUAAAGGUUAUCACAUCUGCUCAGCUCCAGAAGAGGUCCAGUGUAGAGCUGUUAAGUACCCAGGACUUUCCAUCUCACAGUUGGGACAAGCUGUAACUUGCAAUAAAGAGGUUGGCCUUGUAUGUUACAACAAACAGCAAGGGCUCCAGCAGCAGUGUUUUGAUUAUGAGAUCAGAGUCAGGUGUUGCAAGUGUAUUCCUCACACCACAACAACCUCACCUCCUUCUACAACAACAACACCACCGUCUACAACCACAUCUGUUACCACAACUCCACCUGAAACCCCAACAACGUCACCACCCUCUACAACAACAACCACAACAACAACUACACCACCAACAACAUCAACUGCUACCACCACAACGCCAAUAUCAAGCACAUCCCGUCCACCUUCAACAACUCCCGGCCCAUCUACAACAACUGUCCCAUGCCCUUGGGAAAUGACAUGUGAAUGGUCAGAAUGGAUCAAUCUUGGGAGUGCCACAUCUGGUCCUGAUGGUGGAGACAAUGAGUCCAUUCAGAACAUCAUUUCUAAAGGUUAUCACAUCUGUUCAGCUCCAGAAGAGGUCCAGUGUAGAGCUGUUAAGUACCCAGGACUUUCCAUCUCACAGUUGGGACAAGCUGUAACUUGCAAUAAAGAGGUUGGCCUUGUAUGUUACAACAAACAGCAAGGGCUCCAGCAGCAGUGUUUUGAUUAUGAGAUCAGAGUCAGGUGUUGCAAGUGUAUUCCUCACACCACAACAACCUCACCUCCUUCUACAACAACAACAUCACCGUCUACAACUACAUCUGUUACCACAACUCCACCUGAAACCCCAACAACGUCACCACCCUCUACAACAACAAUCACAACAACAACUACACCACCAACAACAUCAACUGCUACCACUACAACGCCUUCUACAACACCAACACCACCGUCUACAACCACAUCUGUUACCACAACUCCACCUGAAACCCCAACAACGUCACCACCCUCUACAACAACAACCACAACAACAACUACACCACCAACAACAUCAACUGCUACCACCACAACGCCAAUAUCAAGCACAUCCCGUCCACCUUCAACAACUCCCGGCCCAUCUACAACAACUGUCCCAUGCCCUUGGGAAAUGACAUGUGAAUGGUCAGAAUGGAUCAAUCUUGGGAGUGCCACAUCUGGUCCUGAUGGUGGAGACAAUGAGUCCAUUCAGAACAUCAUUUCUAAAGGUUAUCACAUCUGUUCAGCUCCAGAAGAGGUCCAGUGUAGAGCUGUUAAGUACCCAGGACUUUCCAUCUCACAGUUGGGACAAGCUGUAACUUGCAAUAAAGAGGUUGGCCUUGUAUGUUACAACAAACAGCAAGGGCUCCAGCAGCAGUGUUUUGAUUAUGAGAUCAGAGUCAGGUGUUGCAAGUGUAUUCCUCACACCACAACAACCUCACCUCCUUCUACAACAACAACACCACCGUCUACAACCACAUCUGUUACCACAACUCCACCUGAAACCCCAACAACGUCACCACCCUCUACAACAACAACCACAACAACAACUACACCACCAACAACUACAACCUCACCUCCUUCUACAACAACAACACCACCGUCUACAACCACAUCUGUUACCACAACUCCACCUGAAACCCCAACGUCACCACACUCUACAACAACAACCACAACAACAACUACACCACCAACAACAUCAACUGCUACCACCACAACGCCAAUAUCAAGCACAUCCCGUCCACCUUCAACAACUCCCGGCCCAUCUACAACAACUGUCCCAUGCCCUUGGGAAAUGACAUGUGAAUGGUCAGAAUGGAUCAAUCUUGGCAGUGCCACAUCUGGUCCUGAUGGUGGAGACAAUGAGUCCAUUCAGAACAUCAUUUCUAAAGGUUAUCACAUCUGCUCAGCUCCAGAAGAGGUCCAGUGUAGAGCUGUUAAAUACCCAGGACUUUCCAUCUCACAGUUGGGACAAGCUGUAACUUGCAAUAAAGAGGUUGGCCUUGUAUGUUACAAUAAACAACAAGGGCUCCAGCAGCAGUGUUUUGAUUAUGAGAUCAGAGUCAGGUGUUGCAAGUGUAUUCCUCACACCACAACAACCUCACCUCCUUCUACAACAACAACAUCACCGUCUACAACCACAUCUGUUACCACAACUUCACCUGAAACCCCAACAACGUCACCACCCUCUACAACAACAACCACAACAACAACUACACCACCAACAACAUCAACCGCUACCACUACAACGCCUUCUACAACACCAACACCACCGUCUACAACUACAUCUGUUACCACAACUCCACCUGAAACCCCAACAACGUCACCACCCUCUACAACAACAACCACAACAACAACUACACCACCAACAACAUCAACUGCUACCACCACAACGCCAAUAUCAAGCACAUCCCGUCCACCUUCAACAACUCCCGGCCCAUCUACAACAACUGUCCCAUGCCCUUGGGAAAUGACAUGUGAAUGGUCAGAAUGGAUCAAUCUUGGGAGUGCCACAUCUGGUCCUGAUGGUGGAGACAAUGAGUCCAUUCAGAACAUCAUUUCUAAAGGUUAUCACAUCUGUUCAGCUCCAGAAGAGGUCCAGUGUAGAGCUGUUAAGUACCCAGGACUUUCCAUCUCACAGUUGGGACAAGCUGUAACUUGCAAUAAAGAGGUUGGCCUUGUAUGUUACAACAAACAGCAAGGGCUCCAGCAGCAGUGUUUUGAUUAUGAGAUCAGAGUCAGGUGUUGCAAGUGUAUUCCUCACACCACAACAACCUCACCUCCUUCUACAACAACAACAACACCAUCUUCAACCACAUCUGUUACCACAACUCCACCUGAAACCCCAACAACGUCACCACCCUCUACAACAACAACCACAACAACAACUACACCACCAACAACAUCAACUGCUACCACCACAACGCCAAUAUCAAGCACAUCCCGUCCACCUUCAACAACUCCUGGCCCAUCUACAACAACUGUCCCAUGCCCUUGGGAAAUGACAUGUGAAUGGUCAGAAUGGAUCAAUCUUGGCAGUGCCACAUCUGGUCCUGAUGGUGGAGACAAUGAGUCCAUUCAGAACAUCAUUUCUAAAGGUUAUCACAUCUGCUCAGCUCCAGAAGAGGUCCAGUGUAGAGCUGUUAAGUACCCAGGACUUUCCAUCUCACAGUUGGGACAAGCUGUAACUUGCAAUAAAGAGGUUGGCCUUGUAUGUUACAACAAGCAACAAGGGCUCCAGCAGCAGUGUUUUGAUUAUGAGAUCAGAGUCAGGUGUUGCAAGUGUAUUCCUCACACCACAACAACCUCACCUCCUUCUACAACAACACCACCGUCUACAACCACAUCUGUUACCACAACUCCACCUGAAACCCCAACGUCACCACCCUCUACAACAACAACCACAACAACAACUACACCACCAACAACAUCAACUGCUACCACCACAACGCCAAUAUCAAGCACAUCCCAUCCACCUUCAACAACUCCCGGCCCAUCUACAACAACUGUCCCAUGCCCUUGGGAAAUGACAUGUGAAUGGUCAGAAUGGAUCAAUCUUGGCAGUGCCACAUCUGGUCCUGAUGGUGGAGACAAUGAGUCCAUUCAGAACAUCAUUUCUAAAGGUUAUCACAUCUGCUCAGCUCCAGAAGAGGUCCAGUGUAGAGCUGUUAAGUACCCGGGACUUUCCAUCUCACAGUUGGGACAAGCUGUAACUUGCAAUAAAGAGGUUGGCCUUGUAUGUUACAACAAACAACAAGGGCUCCAGCAGCAGUGUUUUGAUUAUGAGAUCAGAGUCAGGUGUUGCAAGUGUAUUCCUCACACCACAACAACCUCACCUCCUUCUACAACAACCACACCACCGUCUACAACCACAUCUGUUACCACAACUCCACCUGAAACCCCAACGUCACCACACUCUACAACUACAACCACAACAACAACUACACCACCAACAACAUCAACCGCUACCACCACAACGUCUUCUACAACACCAACACCACCGUCUACAACCACAUCUGUUACCACAACUCCACCUGAAACCCCAACAACGUCACCACCCUCUACAACAACAACCACAACAACAACUACACCACCAACAACAUCAACUGCUACCACCACAACACCAAUAUCAAGCACAUCCCGUCCACCUUCAACAACUCCCGGCCCAUCUACAACAACUGUCCCAUGCCCUUGGGAAAUGACAUGUGAAUGGUCAGAAUGGAUCAAUCUUGGCAGUGCCACAUCUGGUCCUGAUGGUGGAGACAAUGAGUCCAUUCAGAACAUCAUUUCUAAAGGUUAUCACAUCUGCUCAGCUCCAGAAGAGGUCCAGUGUAGAGCUGUUAAGUACCCGGGACUUUCCAUCUCACAGUUGGGACAAGCUGUAACUUGCAAUAAAGAGGUUGGCCUUGUAUGUUACAACAAGCAACAAGGGCUCCAGCAGCAGUGUUUUGAUUAUGAGAUCAGAGUCAGGUGUUGCAAGUGUAUUCCUCACACCACAACAACCUCACCUCCUUCUACAACAACAACAUCACCGUCUACAACCACAUCUGUUACCACAACUCCACCUGAAACCCCAACGUCACCACACUCUACAACAACAACCACAACAACAACUACACCACCAACAACAUCAACUGCUACCACCACAACGCCAAUAUCAAGCACAUCCCAUCCACCUUCAACAACUCCCGGCCCAUCUACAACAACUGUCCCAUGCCCUUGGGAAAUGACAUGUGAAUGGUCAGAAUGGAUCAAUCUUGGCAGUGCCACAUCUGGUCCUGAUGGUGGAGACAAUGAGUCCAUUCAGAACAUCAUUUCUAAAGGUUAUCACAUCUGCUCAGCUCCAGAAGAGGUCCAGUGUAGAGCUGUUAAGUACCCAGGACUUUCCAUCUCACAGUUGGGACAAGCUGUAACUUGCAAUAAAGAGGUUGGCCUUGUAUGUUACAACAAACAGCAAGGGCUCCAGCAGCAGUGUUUUGAUUAUGAGAUCAGAGUCAGGUGUUGCAAGUGUAUUCCUCACACCACAACAACCUCACCUCCUUCUACAACAACAACAACACCACCGUCUACAACCACAUCUGUUACCACAACUCCAAAUGAAACCCCAACAACGUCACCACCCUCUACAACAACAACCACAACAACUACACCACCAACAACAUCAACUGCUACCACCACAACGCCUUCUACAACACCAACACCACCAUCUACAACCACAUCUGUUACCACAACUCCACCUGAAACCCCAACAACGUCACCACCCUCUACAACAACAACCACAACAACAACUACACCACCAACAACUACAACCUCACCUCCUUCUACAACAACAACACCACCGUCUACAACCACAUCUGUUACCACAACUCCACCUGAAACCCCAACAACGUCACCACCCUCUACAACAACAACCACAACAACAACUACACCACCAACAACAUCAACUGCUACCACCACAACGCCAAUAUCAAGCACAUCCCGUCCACCUUCAACAACUCCUGGCCCAUCUACAACAACUGUCCCAUGCCCUUGGGAAAUGACAUGUGAAUGGUCAGAAUGGAUCAAUCUUGGCAGUGCCACAUCUGGUCCUGAUGGUGGAGACAAUGAGUCCAUUCAGAACAUCAUUUCUAAAGGUUAUCACAUCUGCUCAGCUCCAGAAGAGGUCCAGUGUAGAGCUGUUAAGUACCCAGGACUUUCCAUCUCACAGUUGGGACAAGCUGUAACUUGCAAUAAAGAGGUUGGCCUUGUAUGUUACAACAAACAGCAAGGGCUCCAGCAGCAGUGUUUUGAUUAUGAGAUCAGAGUCAGGUGUUGCAAGUGUAUUCCUCACACCACAACAACCUCACCUCCUUCUACAACAACAACAACACCGUCUACAACCACAUCUGUUACCACAACUCCACCUGAAACCCCAACAACGUCACCACCCUCUACAACAACAACCACAACAACAACUACACCACCAACAACAUCAACUGCUACCACCACAACGCCAAUAUCAAGCACAUCCCGUCCACCUUCAACAACUCCCGGCCCAUCUACAACAACUGUCCCAUGCCCUUGGGAAAUGACAUGUGAAUGGUCAGAAUGGAUCAAUCUUGGCAGUGCUACAUCUGGUCCUGAUGGUGGAGACAAUGAGUCCAUUCAGAACAUCAUUUCUAAAGGUUAUCACAUCUGCUCAGCUCCAGAAGAGGUCCAGUGUUCCAUGGUCUACAAUGUGUCGGACCAUGAUGGCUGGUGUUAUGUAGGUUUCUGCAGAGAUGAUGCUGGCUGUCACGUAGUGGUUGAGCACUACCGCUGUGCUAUAAGCACCACAGCAGUUCCCACAACAACUGAGUCAACCACCUCCAUCUCACCUACCACUACGACAGAGCCAAAUAUCAAUUGUAUUCAUCCUCCCAAAAAGGAUGGAGAAGUAUGGCAGGAAAGCAACUGUCUUACAGGAAUUUGUCAUCAUGGUGAGGUGAUCUAUAACCGCACGCACUGUGAGCCCGUCCGGGAAGUGGUGUGUGCAAACGGUUAUCCUCCUGUCAAAAUUUAUGAUAAGUCUGGAUGCUGCUACCAGUACCAGUGCCAGUGUAUCUGUUAUGGUUGGGGCGACCCCCACUACGUCACCUUCGAUGGUACCUACUAUGGAUUUCAAGGCAACUGUUCCUACUGGCUGGUGAAAGAGAUCCUGCCCAAAUACAACUUCAGUGUUGUGAUUGACAACUACUACUGUGGUUCACCCGAUGGCCUGUCCUGUCCUCAGUCCCUCACCGUCUUCUAUCAGAGCUACAAGAUCUUUAUUACCCAGAAGGACAUCAAUGGCAUCUUCACAAGCCUGAUCUACGUGAAUGACAAGCAAGUGCACCCUGCGUACCAGACCGGCGACUUCCGCAUCACCACCAACGGUAUCGAAACUCUGCUUGUCAUCCCCGCCAUCGACGCCAAAAUCACCUUCACGGGGCUCAUAUUCAGCAUCUACCUGCCCUACGACAAAUUCAACCACAACACCGAGGGACAGUGCGGCACGUGUGACAACAACCGGACAGAUGACUGCAUGUUGCCCAAUGGCAAAAUCGACUCGUCCUGUCCUCACAUGGCUCAUGAGUGGCGCCUUAACAACAGUCGCUGUCAGACGGAGCCCCCGCCCACACCGCCCCCCUCGCCCCCCACCUGCAACGCCACCAUCUGUGACAUCAUCAGCAGCAGUGUGUUUAAGGAGUGCCACAAGGUGAUAAACUACGAGCCGUUCAUUGUGGCUUGUAAGUUCGAUGUGUGUCACAUGCACCUGGAUCACAUCGGCUGCACCAGCAUACAGACCUACGCCGAGGCCUGCGCCGAGGCCGGAGUGUGUGUUGCCUGGAGGAACGCUACCGACGGACUCUGCGACUAUAAAUGCCGCAGUCCUAAAGUGUAUAAAGCCUGCGGUCCUAUGGUGGAGCCUACCUGUGACUUCAGGUACAACCAGAAGUUCAUCUACACCAGCAACGAGUUCAGCGCCUUGAGCGACGUGAAGCUGGAGGGCUGUUACUGCCCGCCGCCCCUCAUCCUGCUCAGCGCCACCUCUGACGAGUGUGUGCGCGGCUGUGACUUCUGCUGGCUGCCAAACGGACACAGGAUGGAGCCCAACACCACGUGGACGCAGGGCUGCGAGGAGUGUGUGUGUGAGGAGGACACACUGCAGGUCAGCUGCAGGAAGGUCUGCCCCCCGCUGCCCCCCCUCAGCUGUGACCACCAGGGUCAGGUCAAGGUCACCGACACCUCCGGCUGCUGCCCCAAGGAGAAGUGCGAGUGUGACGUGAAGCUCUGCCCUGCUGCGCCGGCCUGCCCCACCGGCUUCACCCCCAACAACAUCAUGGGAGUCUGCUGCCCCAUAUACACCUGCAUUCCUAAGGAUGUUUGUGUUUCCAACAACCGGGAAUAUCAGGUUGGAGAGGUGGUUCACAUGAGUCUGUGUGAGGAGUGUGUGUGCAGCAGCCUGAUCAACACCAGCAGCGGCCUGCACAUCAUCCAGUGUCGUCCUGUGGAGUGUGACACACACUGCCAGCCGGGUUAUGAGUACCAGCCCGUCCCAAAUCAGUGUUGUGGGAAAUGCGUCCAGACCAGCUGCAUCGUCCUGCUGCCAAACAACAUCACACACACCUUCAAGCCCGGCAGCAUCUGGAGUCCCGCCGGGCAGCCGUGUGAGAAGUACGAGUGCCUGGAGAUCAGCGGUCAGUUCAUCACCAUCGAGGCCAAAAUCAUCUGCCCGGACUACAAGCCCGAGAACUGCAUACCUGGAACGGAGACCAUCGCUCCAGACGGAUGCUGCCAUGCCUGUAUUCCCAGAGAUCACCCCUGCAACGUGACCACCUCCAAAGUUUACAUGGAGAACAAAGGCUGCCGCUCCAAAGAGCUCAUCAGCGUCACCUCCUGCAACGGAGCCUGCGGCACGUUCACCUACUACUCCUCCAUGGUCAACUCCCUGCAGCGCUCCUGCUCCUGCUGUCAGGAGUUAGCCACCUCCGAGCGGCAGGUGCUCCUCUCCUGCCCCGACGGCACCGAGGUCAGCCACACCUACACCCACAUCGAGGCCUGCGGCUGCCUGAAGACGGAGUGCCACGUGGUCGGCCGCGAGGAGGCGCCGGUCACUCGCGCCAAGACGCAGCGCCGCCGCAGGAGAUGA